AUGGAGAAGAGUAACCAGUCAUCAUCAGGGACGAGCAUGGAAUUUCUGCUGCUUGGAUUCUCUGACCUGCUCCACUUGCGGGCCCUCUUUUUCUUCAUCCUCCUUGGGCUGCACCUGGCUACGCUUGCAGGAAACCUGCUGAUCCUCCUAGCUGUGUCAGUUGAGCCCAGCCGCCCACCGAUGCUCUUCUUCCUCUGCCAGCUCUCUGCCAUUGAACUCUGUUACACCCUCAUCAUUGCUCCCAAAGCGCUGGCUGACCUGUUGAGCAAUGGGAAAAGCACCAUUUCUUUUGUGGGCUGUGCUACCCAAAUGCAUUUCUUUGUAGCUCUGGGGGGAGCUGAAUGUUUCCUCCUUGCAGCCAUGUCUUACGACCGCUAUGUAGCCAUCUGUCGGCCCCUUCGCUACAUGGCCGUGAUGAACCAAGCCUUCUGUCUUCAGCUCGUGGUCAUCUGUUGCUUUGGGGGCUUUGUGGUCUCUCUGGGGCUGACUGUGGCUGUCUUCCACCUGCCCUUCUGCAGUUCCCAUAAUAUUGAUCACUUCUUUUGUGACGUCCCUGCUCUCCUCCACUUGGCCUGCACCAAGAGCUACGCCAGUGAGCUUCCCCUCCUUGCAGCGUGCACAGUCCUCCUUCUCCUCCCUUUCCUUCUCAUUCUGACCUCUUAUACCUGCAUCUUCCUUGCUGUGAUGCAGAUCCAUAAUUCCUCUGGCCGAAGUAAGGCUUUCUCCACUUGCACCUCACACCUGGUGGUCACACUCUUGCACUAUGGUUGUGCUACUUUCAUGUAUGUCCGACCCAAGUCUAGCUACUCACCAGGUCGAGAUAAGAUGGUAGCCCUCGUCUAUACCAACAUCACCCCCUUGCUUUAUCCUCUGAUUUAUAGUCUCAGGAACAAAGAAAUCAAAGGAGCUGUGAGGAAGUUAUUGCAAAAAAGACUGGCUCAGCCAAACUGGGGCAUCUUUAAAAGCAGACCUGCACAUUUCUGA